AUGACGCAUGGCGAUGUUGGCUGGAUCGACCACACUCUCAAGCUUCAUUCGGAUAUCAUCCUGGAUCUCCCCAUCCACAUCGGCAUGGUUUGCAUCCAGCUUGGGGACAACGACAACUGCACCAAUUCUAAUGCCUUGACUAUAGCACAAGAUAUGGCUUUGGGCCUCGCAGCAGGUCAUUGGGCUGCUCGUGCCAACUUGCUAGACAUCGAGUAUGUUAUUGGUAGCCGGCAUUUGACCCUACUGGUAGCACACAUCCUUGCUCUAGAUGCUGGGAGCAAAAGUAUAUUGGUUAAUACAGUCCUCCGAGUCCUGAAUCAGAUAAACAAGAGUAACUUCACACCUGCGUACUGGCAUUAA